UCAAAGCAAAUUUUCGGCUGCCCAUAUAAUUUCCCUAGGAACGAGCUGAAAACAGAAGCAAAAACGAAAAAGAUCCCAACAAACACAUAUGAUCCCAUCCCAUGGCAGCGGAAGGGAAGCCAGAUGCACAACUGUUUCAGCUCCUCUCUGGUAUCCUCCAACAGGUUGAAGCAUUGACCAACGAAGAAGAGGUUGAAUUGCGUUCAAAAAUUGAAGCCCUUGGAUUAGAGGUUACUAAACUUCCGUCAAAGUCAACUCAUCAUCUGAAUGAGCUGGAAAUAGCCAAGGAGUUGGAUAAGUUAUCGGCGAAGUUGGAUGAUGUAGAUGAGAUGAUAUCUUCAGCGAUGGCUGCAGAUCCCCAGGUGAAGUCACUGCUGAGUGGUACUGCUGAUGUAUGGAUGCCAGUUAUUACUGCCAAUGCUGAUGAACGACGUAAUUUUACCUCAUCAACAGCAGAUGAUAGCCCAGAAGUGAAAGGGAAAAGUUUCAAUUAGUUGUUGAAUCUUAUUCUAAUAUAGUUUCUUUUUUCAUGUUUGUUUGAUCUUCCUAAUAAGAAAUAUAUUCUUCUUCUUUUAGCCUCUUACAUGGCUAAAUUUUUUGUUUUGUUUUUAUUUGUAUUUUGAAUUUUUUUUUAUCAAUGGUGGAGGGAAGAUUUGAACUUGAGACCUUCCAACGUUGGGAAGAGAAAUACCAGUAGACCAAAUUGGUGUAAAUGUUUUGUUUCUUAUGUACUCAUUGAUGUAUGUGAUAUGUGUUGGCUGUCCAUUUUUAGAAACUGUAAA